AUGUGUGUGUGCUUGUGUGAUGAAGCUGCUCAAGUAUGGAUCUCUUUGCUUGUGAGAAGAAAUGGAGCUAAACAGAUCGGUCAUGAUGAAGUUUGUUCUGUUCUCCUUCAACACAACGCCGAUCUAAAUUCGCGUAAUGUCUUUGAAGAGACAGCUUUAGAUCUUGCGGCUUCACGGGGUCAUCUGUCGUGUGUCCGUGUUCUGAUCAGUCAUGGAAGCAAUGUGAAUGGCGACAAGUUUGUAAGUACCACUCCUCUACAUCAUGCAGCCGAGAAGGGACACGAUAAAGUUGUGCAAUUUCUUCUGGAUAAAGAAGCUAAUAUAGCCGCCAUUAAUCCAAAAGGCCAAAGCGCUCUCGAACUUGCAUUGGAUUGCAAUGAAAGAGAAGUUGCUCGGGUACUUUUGAUGGAUAAAAAUUGGGAAAUGUUAAUGAAACGAUCAAAGGAAAUGCCAAAUGGAAGACAUAAAGAAGAGCGAAUCACGCCAAUGCGACAAUUGCUGGCAAAAUUUCCAGAAAUUGCCUCUCUUGCCAUGGAUCGUUGUAUUAGUCACGGAAACACGGGUCCCUUGGCCGUUGUGAACUAUAAUUUUGAAUACAUUGAUGACACUUUUAUGAUGCCAGCUGGCCAAGGACAAAUUCUAAAAGCGUGUGAUGACGAGGGACUUUAUCCAUUUAAUGAAGAUGGGCACGUGAGAAAAGAAGCUGAACCAUAUAACAGAAAUAUGGAUCGAAUUUAUUUGGAACAUCCAUUGAAAUUAAUGGCAAACUCGGAACGAAUCCAACUUCUUUCUCAUCCAUUGGUUGUCGCCUUGUUGAAGUACAAAUGGAAUCAUUUAGGAAGAUAUGUCUAUUAUUCAGCUUCAUUUGUCUAUUUGAUCUUUUUGAUAUCAUUGACAACUUUUCUCGCUCUUAUCCCGGCUCCAUUCAAUGUAAAAAUGCCUGAUGGAAAUGGAACAUUAAUGGAUGUGAUGGAUCAUUUAAAGACUACAUGUGAUCAAAUCGAUAACUAUUACACACCUCUUGCUCAUUUUUGUAAAACGAUAGUGGUUUUACUGGCUGCAGCACAAAUCAUCAAAGAGAUGUAUCAAUUAUGGACAAGAAGAUGGGCAUAUCUUUCGGUGGAGAAUCUGCUAGAGAUUUUCAUCUAUGUAUCUGCAUUAAUCACAAUGAUUGAUUGGUCACCUUGCACUGAGCAUUCGGCUAUUAGAUUGAACUGGCAAUGGAUGCUUGCAACUCUUGGGACUUUCAUCGCUUGGAUCAAUCUUCUUCUGCUCAUUCGAAAGCUUCCCCGUUUUGGUAUCUUUGUUCUGAUGUUCUUCGAUGUCUUCAAAACAUUCUCCAAAUUUGCCAUUAUUUUCAUUUUAUUCAUUUUGGCUUUCUCCGUGACUUUCUUCUUAAUGAUGCAAAAUAGGCCCGAAUUUUCUUCGAUUCCUCUUUCUGUCAUAAAAACAACGGUUAUGACAAUCGGUGAAAUGGAAUACAAUGGAAUAUUUCAUGGAGCAUUGGAUAAUCAUGAAGAAGGAUUAUUUACAAAAGAGAUUGCUUUCCCGGUUUUCUUUAUUUUCUGUAUUGUGAUGACAAUUCUCUUGAUGAAUCUUCUUGUCGGUUUGGCCGUUGAUGAUAUCAAAUCUGUUCAAGAAAAAGCUGAAAUCAAGAGACUCUCAAUGCAGGUAGAUCUUGUUCUCCAAGUCGAGCGAUCGAUGUCAUUUUUAAGAAGACGAAUUACAAGAUCUCAUUAUGCGUUGUAUCCGAACAAAAUGAGUUUGUGGAAAAAAUUCCGUCGUCUUUUCGGUUCGGAUCAAUUGGGAUCAUUGAGUGAGAUCAUCUCCCAGCACUCAGCUGAGGAAGAAAGCAGUGAAAUGAGACGAGAAUUUGCGAUGCAACGAGAAGCUCUCAAUCAUUUACAAAGCAAUAUCGACUAUUUGUAUGAAAGACAAGUCAAAUUUGAAGGAAUUCUGGAAAUGAUUCUCCAAAAACUCGACAAUAUUGAAAACAAAGCAAAUGAACAACAAAGAACACAAGUUGUCGAGGAGAAAACGCAAGAUGAUGAAGUCUCUCAACCCGUUGAACCCGACCAAGAACCCAAUGAAUCACUCCAAUCAGAAGAACCAUCGCAACCUCAACCAUUUUCCAUCCGAGGUCGACGAGGGAGAUUU